UUACUGCUCUAGUUGGCAUCGUGAACCUGGGGGAGCAGAGCCUAAAAAUGAGGCAGACCAAAGUUUCAUGCAAUAGCCAACUUUAUUCAGAGAAUCAGACAAUUUAUACUCAGAGUAUUCUUGAGAGUUAAGCAAGGUCAUAUGAGCAAAGGUCACAUGAAUUCAGGCUGUAUACAGUCACGAGGGCAAGGUCACAUUAGCUCAAGCUGUGUAUAGUCAACUCAUGCUUGGAAACAUCGUUCUGAGGAAUGGGUAAAAUGAUGGGUAAUCUAAAGUAACCCACCUGCGUUUUACACCUGGCAGGGCACGAAAGCACAUUCCAAAAACAGCCCAUGUUAUGGAGGGACAGAGGUUACAAGACUCUUGUUUACCUGAGUUUUCUCACAAGGCAUCAGAAAUCUCCUCACACGGCUUCAGCCAUGGACCAUUCAUGUAUUUCAACAAUAGAAAAAGAAUAAAAGAGAGAAAUCCCCACCAAGCCAGGCCUGCUAACCCUAGUUAACUGGAGCAAAUUCAAGGCCAGCCUAGGGUACAGAGUGAGUUCAAGGCCAGCCUAGAUAAUUUAGUAAAACUGUGUCUCAUAUUCAACAAUGAAAAAAAAAUUGAGGACAUAAAUCCACGGCAGAGUGUUUGCCUAGCCUAUGCAUGGACAUGGGUUCAAGUCUCAGUAGCACGUAUACAAAAAUAAAUAAAAGAAAGAGAAAUAACUCAUUUCAAUAAAUAUUAGACUGGAAAAACCAACAAUGAAAAUUCUGUAAGACAGACGUAAACAAGGAAUUUUUUAUUUUAUUCUAAAGAAGUUAGGAAGGGGCUUAGACACAGCUCAUCAGUAAAGUUCUGACCUCACAAGCACAAGGGCUCAGUCCCCAGAACCCAGGUGAAAAUGCCACAGGACACAGCUCUGCCUUCGUAUAAGCCCAGAGCUGGGAGGUGGAGACCUGCUGACCAGCCACUCUAGCUUAACUGGUGAGAUCCGGGGCAGCGAAAGACCCUUUCUCAAAGGAGAUGGGCAACGUUUCUGAAGAUGAUACCUGAGAUAGUCAUGUAGCCUCCACGUUUGUGCAUGCACGUACAUGAGUAUACACACACACACACACACACACACACACACACACACACACACACACACACACGGAGGCAUGAGUAUCUGAUCUGGACUCUCAGCUCCGUGAGUAGCAUGAUAAAAACAAGUGGACUCAGCUCAAGUGAAGAGGAACACACUACAAUCAGGGAAAACACUAUUCAAGAGUAAGGGGAGGAGGCUGCUGGAAAGUUAGCUCAGUGGUUCAGAGCAUUUGUUGCUCUUAGAGAGGACCCAGGUUCAAUUCCCAGAACCCACACGGAGGAUCACGACUGUCUGUAACUCCAGUCCUGAGAGAUCCAGCACCCUCUCUGACCUCUGAGAGCGCCAGGUACAUACUUGGUGCACUUACAUAAUGCAAGCAAAGCAAAACACUCAUACACAUAAAAAAAUCAAAUCAAUCUUUAAAAAAAAUAAAUAAAGGUGGGGCUAGAGAAUUGGUUCAGCAGUUAAGAGCACUUGCUGCUCUUCCAAAGAACCUGGGGUCAGUUCCAGCACCCAUAUCAGGAGCUCACCGCUAACAUCUUCUUCCCACAUGCAUUCAGCAUACACUCACAGACACUCAUAAACAAAAUCAAUCUUUAAAGGAAAAAAUGGUGAAACAAGGGUGUUGUUGGGCAAACAGAGACAGAACCAUCUGUCAAAAGGAGGUCAGGAAGAUGACCUUGAACUGGGACAGUGAUUCCCCAGGCGGGUGUAAGCUGCAAGGUAAGCCAGAAUAUCAGAGAGGUACAGAUUUGAGAAGCAAGAGAGGCACGGAGGAGAAAGGGACCAAAAUCUCAAAGAUAGGAAUGGCAAACAGCAGCAAAGCCCAAGGAAGCGGCUAAAUCAGGCUUAAGCAACUCUCCCUUCGCAAGCACAUUCCCAUCCUUGGUGUGUCUGUUUCUCUGACUCUUUGAGAAGCACACAUGCAUGCAGGAGUCCGCAGAGGCCAGAAGAGGGCAUCAGAUCCCCUAGAAUUGGAAUUACAGAUGCUUGCUAGCUCUCAAGGGUAUGCUGGGACCUGAGCCAGUGCUCUUAACCACUGAGUACUCUCUCUAGCCCUCCAAAACAUCUUUAUAAAACCCUAACUCUGCUUCAGAAAAAAUAAAUGAUAAUAAUAAAACCAGGUUUCAAAUAUGGAAAAGAGGUUGAGGAUUUUGCUCAGUGGUAGGGCUUGCCUAGCACUUGUUAAAACCUUGGUUUCAGUCUCCAGCACGAAAAGGAAGAAAAGGAGGGAGAGAGAAAGGCCAAAGAAAAACUUUACCUGCUCCAGAAAGGGUAAAAUACUAACUUUAAAGUUGGAUAAAUCAAGGGUUAGAGAGAUGUUUCAGUGGUUCUAAGAGCACUUGGUGCUAUAGCCGAUGACCCAGGCCCCGACAUGGUGGCUUGCAACUGUCUGUAACUCCAGGUCCAGAAGAUCCAGAGCACUCUUCAGUCUCCACCAGCACCAGGCACACAUACAGUUGCACUUACACACAUGCAGGAAAAACACACACAAAAUAAAAAUCUAUUUAAAAAAAAAAAAUCAGUAAAUUGGGCCAGGCAGUGGUGGCGCACGCCUUUAAUCCCAGCACUCGGGAGGCAGAGCCAGGUGAAUCUCUGUGAGUUCGAGGCCAGCCUGGUCUACAGAGCGAGUUCCAGGACAGUCACCAAAACUACACAGAGAAACCCUGUUAAAAACAACAAACAAACAAAUAAAAAUCAGUAAAGCAUCCAUGGAUACUUCAAUUUGUAAUUAAACAAUUGGAAAGUGUACAAAUUGAGGAAGGUGGAAAUAUUUCUUCAACACUGUGUACUUAAAAUAAGGGAUGAUGCCAGGUGUGCUGCACACACCGGAAAUUGUAGCACUUGGGAGGCUGAGGCAAAAAGGAUUUCAAAUUUGGGGAAGAAAAAAAAUGAACCAAAGAGAGCAGAAAAUAAAGACUGAGGAUGUAGCUCAGUUCACAGACUGCUUGCCACAAAUGCAUGAGGCCCUGGGUCUGGUCCCCAGCACCACGUAAACUGGAUACAGUAGCACACAUCUAUAAUCCCAGCACACAAGGUGGAGGUCAUCCUCAGCUACCUAUCAAGAUCCAGGCCAGCCUGAGCUACAUGAAACCUGAUCUCGGGAGCGGGGAGGAAGAGAGUGGUGGGACAAAGGAAGAAAAGGAGGCAGGAAGGACUGGCAAGGCGGCUCAUUGGGUCAAGAUGCUUGCUGCUAAAUCUGAUAGCCUGAAUUUGAUCCCAGAACCCAGGUGGAGGAAGAAAACCAAGUCCUUCCUGCAAGUUCUUCUCCGACCUCCACAAGAGUGUCACCACACGCCACUCCAUACAAAUAAAUACACGUAACAAACAUUUUUGAAAGACAGCACAAAGUUAGCUGAUUUAAACCAAUGUAUCCUGGGUUUAAAUAUACUAAUAGUCAGAAGAUGCACACGGCAAUGCUGAUGUCAUAAACAAAUUUGAAUAGCCGCUUCCCUCAAAGCCACUCCCCCAAGCAAUGACCAGCCCCUUGCUGAUGUCAUAAGCUGUCCACUGUGACCACCCAUUCUGUCCCUUGACAACACAGGGUCUCAGCCCUUCGAGUGGAUGGGUUGUAACCUGCUAACUUCACCUCCCUGGAAGCUACUGUUUUGGGCUCUUGUAUCUGCUUGAGUUAACUUUUCUUGUGGCCCCCUGCUGGUCUUCUCUGCGUAGCUGUUGCUGACGGAACUUGAAGAGUAAGAAUUUCACUCUAGAGUCCCAAGAGUCAAAGCCUAGCAGAAGACAGCACAAUCUUUCUUACAAAAAGGCUUUUCCUUGAGAGGUGUGUCAUCUAGCCUUUGGCAGCAGGACACCUGGCUUCCAGUCAAGUCCCCAUGGAGCCAGAAUCCAUAGAAAUCUGUCCUUAUAACCCUCACCACCGAAUCCCACUCAGCAGACUCCAGUACCACCUGGCAUCAUGCAGGAAGAAGAAUCCCAAUAAAGCCAAAAAGAUGGCUAGUUGUAAAUACAACGCCUGCCACGUGGUCCCCAUCAGGAAGCUGGCUGAACACGAAGCUACUUGUGUCAACAGAAGCUCCAUGGAGGAAGAGGACACUCUGAGCCCUCUGCACGUGAGUCUCCCACAGCCGCAGAACGAGGACACGCUACAGGUCCCUUGGCUUUCCAACCCGGAUAUAUGGAAUGUUGACGGUGCCAACGGUCACCCAAUGUUCGUCCUUAAGAGUUUUGUUCCCCAAAAACUUGUUUGUGAAAGUGACACUCAAGAGUCACAGAGAGAGACCAACCCCCAGAAGAUCCUCAGACCAGGACGAGGAGGGCAAACCUCUAGCAGCGCGAAGAGGGCUCUCAAAUGCGUGGAUAGACACGAAUCUCAGAAUAAAAGCCUGCAAAGUAACCGGCCCUGCUCUUGAUUGUUUCAAAGGGCUUAGGAGGUCUGAGGUGAAGGAGGUGGGGUUUAUAACAUAGGUGAGAAUGAAUGUAAGUUUAACCAACUCCCAUGGGCAACACUUUGACAGUAGCGAUGAAAACGAUCACACACAGGCUUUAAUCAAGUAAUUCUACACCUAAGACUUCACCCUGCGCAGACAGCCACAUGGGGCAAAUGAGGCCGAGCAGUUAUUCAGUGAGGUGUGAUUUAUAGCAGCACUGACUUACUCAUAAGGAGGGCCUACCUGGGGGAGUGAUGUUGCGGCUUCGCCAAUGAGAGAAGGUACUGUAAUGAGCCAGCUGUAGAAACUGUGUUGGAAGCGGGACACCGCGUGUUCUGAAAAGUUUAUAGCUAGGCUCAGCUCACCUUGCAGUCUCUCUGGCAGCUACUUGGUUCUUAAACAGGCAGAGAUAACACCUACGCCAGUGACCCCAUGUUCCAAUAAAACUAUCUACACAAACAAGAGGCAGGCUAGAUUUGGCCAGUGGGAUGUAGAUUGCCAAACCCUGAGUUUAACUGAUAAAAAGCCUAGAAAAGUCUACAUUAUAGUAUGCCAGUUUUACAGGGCCAGAGAGGAAACAUGAUAUACGUGCCUGUGUUUACAUGGCACACACAAGAUACAAUGGGAAUCUGUCCCCAGAGGUCUAAGUGGCUAUCACCUGAUAAAAGAGCUUCCUCCCUAGACUGCCUCAAUGGAAGACAGUGAGGUAACCAAGGAGUAAGGAUGACAUCUCCCCGUUUCUUCGCCUGUGCAUACAUGUGAAUGUGUUACCUGGCUUAAAUAUUUAUUUAAAUAUAUAUAACAGCAGCCAGAAGCCAUAAUUAGGGUUUUUUUUAUAUAUAAGUUUUUAAGGAAGAAAUCUUCUGAAGACACGGUCUUAUUGUGUAGCUGGCCUAGAAGUAACCAUAUAGUCCAGUUGGCUUUGAAUUGUGAACUUCCUGUUUCUGCCGAGGUCACAGGGGUCAUGCCACAUCCAGUUUGGGAGGAAAG